AUGCCCACCCUGCCAGCGCUCUUCCCCCUGAAAGCCAUUGAUCUGGUGACCAAAGCCACAGAAGAGGAUAAAGCCAAGAACUAUGAGGAGGCGCUGCGGCUCUACCAGCAUGCCGUGGAGUACUUCCUACACGCCAUCAAGUAUGAGGCACACAGUGACAAGGCAAAGGAGAGCAUUCGAGCCAAGUGCGUGCAGUACCUAGACCGCGCGGAGAAGCUGAAGGAUUAUUUACGAAACAAAGAGAAGCAUGGCAAGAAGCCAGUCAAAGAGAACCAGAGCGAGGGCAAGGGGUGAGCGCGCAGCGCAGACGGGCGCCGCCCCCCGCCGCGCCGUCCUCUCACAGGUGCUGUGGUGAUGGAGAAACCCAACAUACGGUGGAAUGAUGUGGCCGGGCUGGAGGGGGCCAAAGAGGCCCUCAAAGAAGCCGUCAUUUUACCAAUUAAAUUCCCACACUUGUUCACAGGCAAGCGGACUCCUUGGCGAGGGAUACUUCUCUUUGGACCCCCUGGCACGGGGAAAUCCUACCUGGCCAAAGCUGUGGCAACAGAGGCCAACAACUCCACCUUCUUCUCUGUGUCCUCCUCAGACCUGAUGUCUAAGUGGCUGGGGGAGAGUGAGAAGCUAGUCAAGAACCUGUUCGAGCUGGCCAGGCAGCACAAGCCAUCCAUCAUCUUCAUCGAUGAAGUGGAUUCCCUGUGCGGCUCCCGAAAUGAAAAUGAGAGCGAGGCCGCCCGAAGGAUCAAAACAGAGUUCCUGGUCCAGAUGCAGGGGGUGGGGAACAACAACGACGGGACUCUGGUCCUUGGUGCCACAAACAUCCCCUGGGUGUUGGAUUCGGCUAUUCGAAGGAGGUUUGAAAAGCGCAUUUACAUCCCUUUGCCAGAGGAAGCUGCGCGUGCACAGAUGUUUCGACUGCAUCUGGGGAGCACGCCCCACAACCUCACCGACGCCAACAUCCACGAGCUGGCCCAGAAGACAGAAGGCUACUCCGGGGCAGACAUCAGCAUCAUCGUGCGGGACUCCCUCAUGCAGCCUGUCAGGAAAGUGCAGUCAGCAACACAUUUCAAGAAGGUCUCUGGCCCUUCCCGAACCAACCCUAGCAUUAUGAUUGACGACCUCCUGACCCCGUGCUCCCCCGGAGACCCCGGGGCCAUAGAGAUGACCUGGAUGGAUGUCCCUGGCGACAAGCUCCUAGAGCCUGUGGUCUGCAUGUCAGACAUGCUCCGGUCUUUGGCCACUACCAGGCCCACGGUGAACGCGGACGACCUCCUGAAAGUGAAGAAAUUCUCAGAGGACUUUGGACAGGAGAGUUAAAUGUGAAGGUGGAAAGUCGGGGCAGAUCCCCGGGACCGGCGGGGCUCCUGGGCUGGUCGUGAGGUCGCUGUGGUGUCUCCAGCGCUGUGUGGCCGCCGGUGCAAGAGCAGGAAGGGAGGAGGGGAGGAGGGGAGGGCUCCGAGACCCAGGGCUCCGCCUCCCACU